GAUUUCCGUACGCCAUAGAUAAAAAGCGCGUUUUAAAGUUGAAAAUUAAGCCGAUAUCACGUGGUCAAAAUAAUUUUGAGAAUUUUUCUGGAAAAUGUUGAUGCAAUGCACAAGAAGGCUAGGAAGGGCGAAAAUACACCUUUGACCAUCAUAGACACCAUAAUCACCCUAGCAAAAGAUGGCAAGAAUUAAGAAAAAGGGCACUUCUGGUGCUGCAAAGAAUUAUAUCACACGAUCACAAGCUGUUAAAAAGCUGCAAGUGUCAUUGAGUGAUUUCCGACGUUUAUGCAUCUUGAAGGGCAUCUUCCCACGUCAACCUAGAAACGUCAAAAAGGCAAACAAAGGUAGCACAGCUCCAACGACAUUCUUUUACAACAAGGACAUCGCAUACUUACAGCAUGAACCAGUUCUGCAGUCCUUACGUGACUAUAAGACAUUCGCCAAAAAGCUGUCCAGAGCAGUAGGAAGAAGAGAAUGGGCAAUGGCAAAAGGAUUGAACGAGAAUAAACCCGUAUACAGAUUGGAUCACAUCAUCAAAGAACGAUACCCAACAUUCGAUGAUUCACUAAAGGAUGUAGAUGAUGCUUUGAGCUUGUUGAUGUUAUUUGCCAACUUGCCUUCCAACGCCAACGUUCAACCGGAAACUAUUCAAGCAUGUGCAAGACUAUGUGCUCAAUGGCAAUUGUACGUCAUGAAAGCUCGUGCUCUGCGAAAGGUGUUCUUGAGCAUCAAGGGUAUCUAUUUCCAAGCAGAAAUCAGAGGUCAAUCAAUCACUUGGCUCGUGCCUUAUAUGUUCACCCAACAUAUCCCGCACGAAGUCGAUUUCAGAAUCAUGUCUACCUUUUUGGAGCUAUACCAAACAUUGAUGGGAUUUAUCCUUUUCAAGCUGUACACAGAUAUCAAUCUCGUCUAUCCACCAGCUCUUGAUGAUGCUUUGGAAGGCCAAGGAGCAGGCGUUGGCGCAUUUCAACUAACGGAACAAGCAAAAGCUGCUUUGGAUGGAUUGAGUGGUCAAGAUGAAGGAGGUGCAAAAGGAAGACAGACAACGAAAGCCAGUGCAUCCUCAAAGAAGGUCAGUGCAUCAGAAGUGCGAAGACAGAUCAAGGCUGUCAAUGCAACUCAAGCAGAAGACGAUCAAGAGGUCGAUGCAAUGAUUGGAGGUGCGGAAGCAGGACCAUCAGGAAGUUCGGCUGAUGUGGCUUUGACUGAUGACUUUGUCGAAAGACCUGCAAAAGAUGGAGAAGAAUCGGCACGAUUGAUCACACUUGCUGAUCUUGAUGCAAGUUCUGCUUCUAGCCCACAACAAAGUCUAUUCUCGCCAUACUACUUUUAUAUCUCUCGUGAAUGUCCACGGGGUGUGUUGGAGUUUAUUCUUCGCAGCUUUGGUGCUUCGACAUCGCAGAUCGGAUGGGAUGAGGUUUCAGGAUCAGGAUCGGCAUUCAAAGAAAAUGAUCCUAGAAUCACACAUCACAUUAUCGACAGACCUGCAGUGAACAGUGCUGCACGUCAACAUGAAGGAAAGCGUGUGUUCGUUCAGCCUCAAUGGGUGGUGGAUUGCAUCAACUCAAAAAAGAUCCUAGGUGCUGCUCUUUACGCACCUGGACAAACACUCCCACCACAUUUGAGUCCAUUCGUUGAUGAUGAUGAAGUUCGUCGUCGUGGUGGAUACGUACCAGCAGAAGCGAGUGUACAAAAUAGCGAUGCUCAAACAGCCCUCGAGAAGGCUGAAGAGGAAGAAGACGACAGCGAUGAUGAGAGUGUGGCAGAUGAGCAAGAAGUUGCAGAAGACGACGACGACAAGGUUGCACAGCGACCUGCUUUGGUUGCCUUGCUCGCUGAUCCGUUGAAUGAAGAUUUGGUGGCUUCUGCAGAAUUGGAAGCCGAAGCUGCAGGCGGAGAAGAUGCAUUGCACGAAUUACAAGAAGCACAUGAUGUUGCAAAGAAGGCAGCCCGUAAACGCGGAUCAAAGAAAGGCAGAACAACAACAGCUGCACAAGAUGAAGAAGAAGCAAAGAAUAUGGCUAAAAUGUUGAUGAGUAACCGUCAACGUAAAUUGUACACUAAAUUAUCCUAUUCGCAAGGAAAACGUGGAGAAGAGGCACGUAAGCUGGCUGAAAAGAAACAAAAGAUUGUCAAAGCUGACAAAAAGAAAGCCAGAACAGGAAAGGCCAAAAGCGGAUAAGAUGACCCUUUCACGCAUACUUUUUGUAGAAUAUUUCUUGCGUUCAAUGACAUUUUUAUACUCCCCAUCAUUGCGAUUUCUCUCGCUUCGUUUUUGGUGAUGAUGGAAGUUUCGUUGGUGGCAAGUAACCUGGGAUGAUGCUAUGUUUCAGGCUCAAGCCAGAACGAAAAGUGAUCAUCUCUUUCCCUUCUCGUUGCAGCUUCUCAGCUUCCUUUCUCGCUUUGAUUGCUGCUCGAACGGCCUGUAAGUCGACUGUAUGUGAUAC